GAAGAAGGAUCAAAACAUGACAUAACCUUUUUUAGAUAAAAGCUGAUAAAAGUUAAAUUUGAAAACUUGAAACCUAAGUUGCAGUUUCUAAUUUUUCAUAAACAGUAUGCUCAGGCUCACAAAAGUUCUUCGCCCUGCAUGUUCAAACAUAAAACAUUCGAAGAAAAUAUCUUCAAGUUCCAAUGUGCAAACCAAGAGUUAUUCACCUUGUAAUGCCCACAGUCAUAAAACUAUUUCGAAUGGGAAUUUCUGUGCUGCAAGACAGAGGGUACCUCCUUACCACCACUUAGGCUUUUGUACAGAUGCUAAUCUAGAACAUUCAUUCGAAAAAGCUUGCGACGAAACGUUAGAAUCUUUGACAGAGUUUUUCGAAGAACUUGUUGAAUCAAGAAAAGAACUGGAGAACGCUGAUAUAUCUUACAGUAGUGGAGUGUUGAAUGUCAAUCUUGGCAAGUACGGAACGUACGUUAUAAACAGGCAAUCUCCAAAUAAACAGAUUUGGUUGAGUUCGCCUACAUCAGGACCAAAACGGUAUGAUUAUAUUGCCGAAGGUAGUUGUUGGAUCUACAAAUAUGAUAAAAGAACUCUUCAUCAACUUUUGGAAGAUGAAAUAUCGAUAAUUUUGGGCGAUAAAAUCGACAUGUCCAAAUGUGCUUAUUUUAAAAUACUUUAGGUUACUCAAAGAUUAUUGAUUUUGCGCUAAUUUUAUUUAUUACAUGUACCUAAUGGGUCAUUUGAAAUUGAUUAUUUACAAAAAAUGUUACUUUCUUCUCCAAAAUAUAGGUUUGAUAGAAGCGUAGUGUAGGACCAGAUAAAUCUAUAUUAUUUUUCCACAAUACACACUUAUAACUGUGAAUUUACAAUUAUAAGUGUGAAUUCAUAGUUACAACUGUAAAUUGACAAAGUCGCUGUGAAUUUACAUCAUUACUGAUGAUUACUGUAAGUUAUGAUAAGCGUCUGUAGACAGCUAAUUCCUCGCAUGUACACUUUGUACUCAGCACAAUAGAUGUCAGCACGU